CACCUUUAACGGUGGUGUCUAGUCCGUCAUUAAAACAAACGAAGAAGAAGUCAGUAAAAACCAACAGAAGAAGAAGAAAACCUGCACAGUCGCUCGUCUUGUCUCCAACAAAGAAGAUGGACACGCGCUUCACUCGGGGGAAGUCCAACAUCCUGGAGCGCCCUCUGACGCGCCCGAAGACGGAGGUGAGCGUGAGCGCCUUCGCUCUGCUGUUCUCAGAGAUGGUGCAGUACUGCCAGAGCCGCGUGUACUCGGUGACGGAGCUACAGACCCGGCUGGCCGACAUGGGGCAGAGCGUCGGGGCCAGCAUGCUGGAUGUGCUGGUGCUGAGGGAGAAGAACGGGAAGAGGGAGACCAAAGUGCUCAACAUGCUGCUCUUCAUCAAGGUGAACGUCUGGAAGUCUCUGUUUGGGAAGGAGGCGGACAAACUGGAGCAGGCCAACGACGACGACAAGACGUAUUACAUCAUCGAGAAGGAGCCGCUCAUCAACGCCUACAUCUCCGUGCCCAAAGAGAACAGCAGCUUGAACUGCGCCGCCUUCACCGCCGGCAUCGUGGAGGCCGUGCUCACACACAGCGGAUUCCCCGCCAAGGUCACGGCUCACUGGCACAAGGGCACCACGCUCAUGAUCAAGUUCAACGACUCGGUCAUCACCAGGGACAAGGCUCUGGACGGCAGAUAGAGAGCACUGGGGAGGAUCUACUGUUUGUUGUGGUAACUUAUGAGAGUGUAUGGAUGAUAGCAGCAUACUGAGCCACGUCUAGAGAGAGAACAUGCAGCGCCGCGGUUCAACCCUCCGUGUUUUUGUGGAUCAUCUCACUCCUGUUACUCGUUAUUAAUUGACAUAGAAUACUUUUUUCUGAAAAUCAUUUUAUUUGCAGUUUCACGUCACAUUUGUUCGUCCCAGAUUAUUCAUAAAAAUAUGAAUACUUUGGAUACUUUUAUCCAGGCCUGGGCGAUAUGAAGGAAGUCGAUUAUCACAAUAUUUCUGAUCAAAUACCUUUAUUGAUAUUGCAACGAUAUAAGGGUUGAGUCUUACACAAAAAUCUUUACAAAAUACGGUGACUAAGUGUGUAAAGACAAAAUAUGGAAAACACAAUAACAAAUAUAAAAGGACAUCACUUCAUACUUUUGCAAUCGAUAUCCAAAUUUAAGACACGAUCUAGUCUCAUUAGACAUUAAUAUAUUAUCGAUAUAUUCACCAGCCCUACUUUCACCACAUCAGUGUCAACUUAUUUUAAUUGAAAAAUGUCACCUUGGGCUCUGGGGAAUAGUUUUGGCUCUUUGAAACAAUGUGUACACUUUUUUAUAGACAAUGAAUCAUAACAAUUAUCAACAUAUCAAUUAUUUGAUAAUGAAAGUGAUUUGCCUCAAAGUGAGACUGAACAAGAACGUCCCCCUAAAUGUCAAACUAAUUAAAGCAACCCUGGUUUGUGUUUUGUUAAUACAUGUGACUAUCUGUAUUGCUGCAAAGUAUUUCAUGUAACAGACAGAGGUCCAGACUCCAGUUUCUUCAGUCUCAUUCCAGUUUGACUCCAGCUGCAUGUUUCAUCUCUGUAAAAUAGAUUCAUAAUUCGGGCUGUAGAUAGUAUUGACGACACUGAGGUGUGUGUGUGUGUGUGUGUGUGUGUGUGUGUGUGUGUGUGUGUGUGUGUGUGUGUGUGUGUGUGUGUGUGUGU